AUGUGUGAUUUGUUGGUUUAUGUUCUCACCUGAUGGGCUAGGUUUUAGGUUUCUGGUUUUGGGGGAGCAUGAAUCGGUUUGUUGUUAGAUCUGUCGGUAAAUAUUGUUUCUUUUCUUUGUUUAGGUUCUAAUUUCAUUCGCGGCUUGUGUAAAUUUUUGUUUGUUAUCAAGCAUUAAGGGGUUUAAUUUGUUUUUAGUCAUUGGAUUAGCUGCUCUAGCUGUCAUCGUCAGGGACAUGAGUUGAAAAGAGAAACUGAAAUAGAAAAUAUGUAAUAUGUCAGAAGCAAAAUGAUUCGAGGUCAAAAGUGUUCCAUGCCGGGAGAGAUUUGUCACUGAGAUGUUUGGAAGUUGAUUUUUCAUGGAGGGCGUCGGAGGUGAUGGCCCCUCAGCAGCAGCUGCUGCCCUCGACCAACGAAGGCACGAGUUGUCAAAACUUUUUCAGCAUUAUCUAGAUAAAUCUACUCCACAUUCUCUUUAUCGGUGGAUUGGGACUUUUGGUCUGGUUCUUCUUUAUGCUCUGCGGGUUUAUUAUGUGCAAGGAUUCUACAUUGUUACCUAUGGUUUGGGGAUCUACCUUCUGAAUUUGCUCAUUGGAUUUUUGUCACCUCUUGUUGACCCGGAGAUCGAACCGACUGAAGGACCUUCACUGCCCACAAAGGGUUCAGAUGAGUUCAAGCCUUUCAUUCGCCGUCUCCCUGAGUUCAAAUUCUGGUAUGCCAUCACUAAGGCUUUCUGUGUAGCUUUCGUGAUGACAUUCUUUUCCAUGUUCGAUGUCCCAGUAUUCUGGCCUAUCCUAUUAUGUUAUUGGAUUGUUCUUCUUUUCCUAACAAUGAAGCGUCAAAUCAUGCACAUGGUCAAGUACAGAUACAUUCCGUUUAAUUUGGGAAAACAGAAAUAUGGAAGGAAAAAGCCCGCUUCCAGCGCCAGCAGCCCCCGAGACUGAACUUGAGUUGGUUUGUGAUUUGACUAGAAUCUGGAAGGAAAAAGCCCGCUUCCAGCGCCAGCAGCCCCCGAGACUGAACUUGAGUUGGUUUGUGAUUUGACUAGAAUCUGAGAUUUGGAAGGAAGUGGAGAAAAAUUGAAUUGGUUAUGAUGAUUUACUUCUAUUUGUUCGAUUUGUACUUUAAAAAUACAGAUCUAUUUGCAUAUAGUUCAGUUGCGUGCUGUUAUUUGAUUAUGGCAGCAAACUGUGAAUGAUGCUUGGAGAAGUAAAAGCUUCAUAUUGUUUGACA